GCUUCGAAGGAGAGGUUCCUGAGGUCGAAGGAAAGAAAAAGGAAGAAAUCCUUAAAAUCAUAAGAGAGAAAGGUGUGGAGUGGAUGGAAAAGGAACUCCCCCCAGCGCCCCUGGAUUUGGGACAUAAUAGGAAGGGAUCAGGAGCAUUGGAAGCAUUGUCCCUUGUCCUCACUGGCUCACUACUCCAUGUUCCUCUCCUUAAGGUCUUUUUCCGGACUUUCAUACCUCAAGACAUGCCUACCCAGCAACUAGGGUUACUUUUGGUUUCGGAUGAUUCCUCAAAACCAGUCAACAUUCUACCUCUUGUGCAUCGGAUGGAUCUGAGGUAUCUGAGGAAUCGGAUGGAUCGGAUGUAUCGGAUGUAUCGGAUGUAUCGGAUGGAUUGGAUGGAUUGGAUGGAUCGGAUGUAUCGGAUGGAUCGAGGCUGGCGGAAGCCUUAUCACGUUCUAAGUGAUAGAAGUCACCACAAUUCC